AGAAUGAAAGAAAAUGUCAAUUCGAAUUUAAGUUCUCUAGAAGAGGAAGAAUUUUCGGGUGAUUCUGAUCCGAAUUUAGGAGUCAAUUUAAAUUCUGAUGAUAAUAUGUUGGCUCCGGAAGAUAUAGCUAAUGACGCUUUUAGAAGGAUUUUCCGAGAAGUUCCCAAUUUCGAGAUUGGUGAGGAGAGGCGAUCGUUUGUUAACCAUGAAGGAGAAGCAGCAACUGGGCAUGUUUGUGUUAAGUCUUUUAUUUGCAAACUAAGUGGAGGAAAACAACAACUGGCAUCUCGGUCGGAACAGUGUAGUCCUAAAAGACACAAAUCGCCGACAAGUCGGCAUACUCCAUCUAUUCAUUCGCCAUUCGCAAAACGAAGAUUGCUUCUUUGGGAAUCUUUAAAUUCUGUUAGGAAAACUAAAUCUUCAGCUUUGCCUACAAUGCCGAAAACAAAAUGGAAAUCGAGAGGAGUUACAGCUUCGACGCCAGAUUUGAAAAUGGAGGACCGAAAUUUUGAAGAAGGAUUAAAUCCAGAAAAUAAUGAGCGGGUUUACUCUAGAAACGGAAACGGAAAUUCUUAUAGGAUUUUAAUUGUAUAUAAUAAUUUGCAACUGUGCAAUAUAAUUUUGAAUUGUAUUAUUGUGGCUGUAGGUCUUAUUAUUAUUUCGUGCGCUACAGCGGUUGCUUUCAACAAAGAAAUUUUUCUCAUGAUAUUGAAUCAUCAUGUAUACGUCCUUAUAUUAUUUUCUUUGUUCUCAGUUUCAACAAUUUUAUUGAUACUGGCAGGACUCAGUAUUACUCAUCAAUCAUCGAGAAAAACCAUCGCUCAUGGUGUUGCUGCCUUAUUUAUGGCAGUUAUUUUAAUAUCUUUGGCAAUUGUUGAAAACGCGGUUGAAACGAAAAUUCUAUUUGACGUAGAAUCGCAAAUGCUCUCAACGAUUCAGUAUAAACCAAUAAUUUGGGAUUACUUGCACGAAAAAUUAAAGUGCUGCGGAGUAAGAGGCUAUCUAGAUUGGUGUACCAAAGCGAAUUUUGAUUCGACGGAAAAUAUGAGAGAAAAAAAUUUUUUGGGAUCACUUGUAUGUACACCUCCCAUUUCUUGUUGUGUGGAUUAUAAAAGUGACGCUGAAGUGAAUUAUAAGUACCAAAGUAGACAGGACCUUUGUCUUCAGACACCCACACCUUGGAAUUCUUAUCAAAAUGGAUGCAUAUCACCAAUUAAAAGUGAAAUGUAUUUCUUGGGAAAAAUAUAUAGAAUAACAAACUUUGGACUAGCGAUUACAUUAAUGCUAUCUGCGACACUUUCUGUUAUCCAGUUUACCCUUUUUUGAAUCUGGGAAAUCACUUGAAUGAAUAAAUCGAAAUUUGGAACAACGCAUAUUUUUAUUUCCUUUAUUUGCAAUCGAAUUGUUUUAAUCGGAAUAAAUUCAAUUAAUUUAAAAGUAUCUA